AUGGCUUCUGAGGGAACUUACGCCGGCGCCAUCGGUAUCGAUCUUGGUACGACGUACUCGUGCGUUGCCACCUACGAAAACUCCGUUGAGAUUAUUGCCAACGAGCAGGGUAACCGUGUUACUCCUUCUUUCGUUGCUUUCACCGACAAGGAGCGUCUCAUUGGUGACGCUGCCAAGAACCAGGCUGCUCUUAACCCCAGGAACACUGUCUUCGAUGCCAAGCGUCUGAUUGGUCGCCGCUUCGACGAGUCGUCGGUGCAGAAGGACAUCAAGACCUGGCCCUUUGCCGUUGUCGACAAGAACGGCAACCCCUUCAUUGAGGUUGAGUACCUCGGUGAGAAGAAGACUUUCUCUCCCCAGGAGAUCUCUUCCAUGGUUUUGACCAAGAUGAAGGAGAUUGCCGAGGCCAAGCUCGGCCAGAAGGUCGACAAGGCCGUUGUCACCGUCCCCGCCUACUUCAACGACUCUCAGCGUCAGGCUACCAAGGACGCCGGUUCCAUUGCUGGCCUUAACGUUUUGCGUAUCAUCAACGAGCCCACCGCUGCCGCCAUUGCCUACGGUCUUUCUGCCAAGUCCGAGGACGAGAAGCACGUUCUCAUUUUCGAUCUUGGUGGUGGUACUUUUGAUGUUUCCCUGCUCCAGAUCCAGGGCGGUGUUUUCACCGUCAAGGCUACUGCCGGUGACACCCAUUUGGGUGGUCAGGACUUUGACACCAACUUGCUCAACUUCUUCCAGGAGGACUUCAAGAAGAAGACCGGCAUUGACAUCUCUGACGAUGCCCGUGCUCUCCGUCGUCUGCGCACUGCCGCUGAGCGUGCUAAGCGCACUCUGUCCUCGGGUACUCAGACCCCCGUCGAGGUCGACUCUCUGUCUGGCGGUGAGGACUUCAGCUUGAACAUCACCCGUGCCAAGUUCGAGGCUCUUAACGAUGCCCUCUUCAAGUCCACUCUUGACCCCGUUGCCCAGGUCCUCAAGGACUCUGGCAUUGAGAAGUCCAAGGUUGACGAGAUCGUCCUUGUUGGUGGUUCCACCCGUAUCCCCAAGGUCCAGAAGCUCCUUUCUGACUUCUUCGAUGGCAAGAAGCUCGAGAAGAGUAUCAACCCCGAUGAGGCCGUUGCCUACGGUGCCGCCGUCCAGGGUGCCAUUUUGACUGGCCAGGCCACUGACGAUGCUCAGGACAUUCUUUUGCUUGAUGUCGUUCCUUUGUCUCUUGGUGUCGCCAUGGAGGGCAACAUCUUCGCUCCCGUUGUUCCCCGUAACACCACUGUCCCCACCCUCAAGCGUCGUACCUUCACAACCGUCGCUGACCACCAGACCACCGUUCAGUUCCCCGUCUACCAGGGUGAGCGUACCAACUGUGCUGAGAACACUCUUUUGGGCGAGUUCGACCUCAACGGCAUUCCUCCUUUGCGUGCCGGUGAGCCUGUUCUCGAGGCUAUCUUUGAGGUCGACGCCAACGGUAUCCUCAAGGUCACCGCCGUUGAGAAGUCCACUGGCCGCUCUGCCAACAUCACCAUUUCCAACGCUGUUGGCAAGCUCACUUCUGAGGACAUCGACAAGAUGAUCAACGACGCUGAGCAGUUCAAGGCUCAGGACGAGGCGUUCGCCAAGCGCCACGAGGCCAAGCAGCACCUCGAGUCCUACAUCCAGAGCAUCGAGUCCUCUGUCACUGACCCCGCCGUUGCUUCCAAGCUCAAGAACAAUGCUCGUGAGAAGCUCGAGGGUGCUCUUGCCGAUGCCAUGGCCGCCCUUGAGGUCAAGGAUGCCUCUACCGAUGAUCUUCGCAAGGCUGAGGUCAAUCUUAAGCGCGUCGUCACCAAGGCCUUUGCCACUCGUCGCCAGUAA